AUGUCUUCAAAAAAUACCCGGACGGACCCACAAUGGGUGACACCUUCUUCGAAUCAGGAUGUGCCACCGGAUUAUGAGACAAUUGGUACAAUAUUUGGUUAUGCACUUAUAGUGCUUUCAUGGAUUCUAAUCAUAAUUACCUUUCCAUUUUCUAUGUGUGUUUGCUUAAAAGUCAUCAAAGAGUACGAAAGGGUAGUAAUAUUUCGAAUUGGUCGGCUGGUUUUUGGUGGAGCUCGUGGACCGGGCAUGAUAUUUGUCAUACCGUGCAUCGAUACAUACAGGAAAAUUGAUCUUAGAUUAACAUUUGCCAAUUUCGUUAUUCGAUUUUUGAGCUAA